AUGAGCUUGUGGUGGCUGCUGGCGCUUUUGGCAAGAGAGGUGCCUCUCCAUGCUGAGCGUCAGGCACCACAUGGCGCAGAGGUGAUCAGUGCCUGCUUCUUCGCCUAUGCGUUGAAGCUUGACAUGCCUGGGUCCAGCCACCACACGAUACGAGCCUCGGACUUCCAGCAGAAGGCUGUAAGCUUCUACGGCGGUGGUACUUCGCCAGCGCCACUUCUGGAGGCCUACUGGCUUCUCGCGCUUCCGACGCACUUCCAGGAAGCCGUCCUCAAGGAAUGCCCUCCCAUGGUUGUGCUCUCUUACUUUCUGGCUGCCGAGACGAAGUUCUACACCGAGCCAAGUCUUGCCCAAGAAUUCCUGGCCACUGGCGCCGGGAUUUUCCAAAGGCUCGAAGAGCGCCUAGCAGGGCUGAUUCGCGA